UAGGAAAGUUUCUCUCUAUAAACUCAAACUUCCAUUGGUGGACCUAGCCUCGCGGAGAAUACUUUUUUUGGAAGUCCGGCCCAUGAUUUGUCUGGAUUGAAAUGUAAGCCUGUCUCCGCUGCCAUCAGGAAACACAUCGCGGAUUUGUCCUUCUCGCUACUAUCGUUAGUUCGGUUAAUGCAGUGCCGGUGGCCGGAGGAGAGCGAGGAUUUGUGCUACCCUAGACAGGUUUCCAGACACCAGCGAAACUGGACUCGGAACUGGACGGAAGGCGUAACUCCGAGAUCCCAAUAAUAAUUUGUGGACUAAACGCAAUGGAGCCAGCCUUUGGAGAGGUGAACCAGCUCGGCGGUGUUUUUGUCAACGGCAGACCGCUACCCAACGCAAUCCGGCUGCGGAUUGUAGAGCUCGCCCAGCUGGGCAUCAGGCCUUGCGACAUCAGCAGACAGCUCCGGGUCUCCCACGGCUGCGUCAGCAAGAUACUGGCCCGGUACAACGAGACCGGCUCUAUACUCCCGGGAGCGAUCGGGGGCAGCAAACCACGGGUCACCACGCCUACAGUAGUCAAGCACAUACGGACAUACAAGCAGAGGGACCCGGGUAUCUUCGCUUGGGAGAUCCGGGACAGGCUACUGGCUGACGGAGUUUGUGACAAGUUCAAUCUACCAUCUGUGAGCUCCAUCAGUAGGAUCCUCCGCAACAAGAUUGGGAAUCUGUCCCAGCAGAGUCAGUAUGAGUCCAGCAAGCAGUCGUCUCACCCACCACCACAACCAACGCUACCAUACAACCACAUAUACUCCUAUCCGACCCCCAUCGGAGCCUCUGGGACCAAAGUACCAACUCCCCCGGGCAUGCCUACCCUACCCGGACACAUGGCUAUGCACAGGAUAUGGCCCUCCUCCCACUCGGUAACAGAUAUUCUGGGGAUUCGGUCGAUAACAGAGCAACAAAUUAGUGACAGUUCGUCCUUUCCCAGUGCCAAACUAGAAGAAUGGAGCGUUAUAAACAGGACACAUUUUCCGCCGUCAGCAAGCUCUCCACUAGUCAAUGGCGUGCUGGAUAAACCACCGCAUUCUAUAGAACCUGAAGCAAAAUACACACAGAUGCAGAGUGGCUUGCCCACAGUGAACAGUUAUGUCACAGCGCCCAGCAUCCCAGCCUACCCCCCUCCCACCCCAGUGUCGCCCUACAUGGGGUACAGCGCCACCACGUCGGCCUAUGUGACCGGUCCCACAUGGCAGCCGCACAGUGGCAGUGCUCGCUCUCACCACAGCUGUGACAACGUCGCCGCUCCGCUGGCCUUCAAGGGUUUGACAGCCCACCACCGUGACGCCAUCCACCCCAAUGCCCACGCCAUCACCGCCUCAGCACUGUAGAACACAGACAGACGGGCGGUCGGACGGAGAGACAGAGGGAGAGGGAAGAAGAGGGGGAGCAGGACAGACGGACGGGCGGAUGGAGAUAAAAGAGGAGGGAGGAAGGAAGGAAGGAAGGAAGGAAGGAAGGAAGGAAGGAAGGAAGGAAGAAGGACAGAUGGAGAAAUAAGUCCUCCUUUACCAUGGGUCAGCUCAUUACAAACAAUCACCUCUUCUGUAUUUAUAUGGUGACCUCACCUAGGUCCCAUAUCCAUCAUAACAUUCUCUUCCAUACCAAGACAUGGUGACCUCACCUAGGUCCCAUAUCCAUCAUAACAUUCUCUUCCAUACCAAGACAUGGUGACCUCACCUAAGUCCCAUAUCCAUCACAACAUUCUCUUCCAUACCAAGACACGGUGACCUCACCUAAGUCCCAUAUCCAUCACAACAUUCUCUUCCAUACCAAGACAUGGUGACCUUUCCUAGGUCCCAUAUCCAUCACAACAUUCUCUUCCAUACCAAGACAUGGUGACCUUUCCUAGGUCCCAUAUCCAUCACAACAUUCUCUUCCAUACCAAAGCCAUGGUGUGGAGAACUCAAGUUAACAGACAGGACAUGGAAGGGAAGCCUUGCCACACUUUCCACACUAUCUACAGACAUGACACUGGUCUGUGGCCCUGCAGAAAGCUUUCAGGACAGGUGUAUUGAAGGACUGACUGGCUGUUUCUCAUAUUUCCAAGGAGGACAUUGUGCCAUCCUCAUCAAGAGCUUGCCUCUUAAACCCAUUUCUGAACACUUCUCCGCAAAUGUUAUUAGGGACAGGAGCUAAAGUACUGUAUGACAAUCACAACCAUGAGGAAAACAACAUUUGCAUUUAAGUGAUUCAGGGGUGAUAUCAGUUGCCAUUGUUUUGGAUGUUUGUAUUUUUCUUUUUUGUUUAUGAUUUUGAUAAAAGUUACAAUCUUAAAAUUGAACAAAGUUUUUUCACUUCUCGACUUAAAUGUAUGCCAAAGCUUCGGAGAAGUUAUCCUAAUGUUUAUUUAUUAGACUGACUAAAAGGUACUAUGGUUGAACGAAGUGCAAUUAUUACAUCAGAAGGCAACGGUGGAAACAGUAUAGGCCUACAGGGAUGUUCCCAACACACUUUGACAGCAUUUGGCAUUAGUCUUCUCUGUAAUGUUUGAAACUACAUUAUGAUAAAACAGUAAAGCUGCACAGUUCCAAUCUAUGCACAAUGAAAUUGAAUGUAUCUUAAUUAAAGGAAAUUUGUUUGGA